AUGGCCGCUCGUCGCCCUCCCUUGAAGCAAUGGAUGCGAAAUGGCGUGGGAGCAGAAAACUGGAGAACGAGAAUUUGCCGAGUGGAUCAGUCUCGACGGAAGCGAAAUAAUAUUUGGAAGCUCCUCUUUCCCCGUGCUCAGCAGGCAGCAAUCGAACAGCUCCACAGGCCAGCUGCUGUGAAAGAAAGCGGGCUGAAUCGGAUUCCGGGCAGAGGAAAGCUACCCGAAGCAGUGGCAAAGAAAGCGACACGCAAGAAUGAUUGA